AUGGCCCCGCAGCAACUCCUUGUUCCUCAGACCGAAAACAUCGCAGACGUCUACGCAACAGACGAUAUCUCGGCGCAGUCGGUGGCCCCUGAGAUAAAAGCUCGCUGGCAGAAUCUCGUCAAACAAUUCACCGAAACCUAUGGCAAGAAGCCCGAUUUCGUUGCACGCAGUCCUGGCCGUGUAAACAUCAUUGGCGAGCACAUCGACUACAACCUGUAUGAUGUCCUGCCCACAGCUGUCAGCGUCGAUGUAAUCAUUGCCGUCAAGGUCGUCCCGACAGAGGGAUCCGAAGCUACCGUCAAGAUCUCCAAUGUCAAUUCUCAAAAGUUCCCCUCCCGCGAGUUCGGUGUCCCCUUUGACAAAGACGUCGUGAUUGACCCUAAGAAACAUGAGUGGAUCAACUAUUUCAAAGCAGGUCUGGUCGGAGCAUUGAAGUUCCUCCGCAAGGACAACCCAGCUGUGCAGCCGGCUUCCCUCGAGAUUCACCUAGACGGCAAUGUGCCCCCUGGUGGUGGCAUUUCCAGCAGUGCUGCAUUCGUGUGCGCCAGUGCCUUGGCUGUUAUCAAGGCCAAUGGCCAUGAUGUGUCCAAGGAGGACCUUUUGGACCUGGCUGUCGUGUCCGAACGCGCCGUGGGCGUUUACUCCGGAGGAAUGGACCAGGCUGCUUCCAUCUUCUCCCUACGCGGAUUCCUCCUUUACACGAAAUUCUUCCCCAAAUUCUCCGUUGAGCACGUCCCUAUCCCAGUUGCGGACGAGGAAAUCGUAUUCCUAGUUGCCCAAAGCUUCGUUACCUCUAACAAGGCCGAAACCGGUCCUCGUCAUUACAACCUUCGUGUCGCCGAAUGCACAUUAGCUGCUGUUGCGCUUGCUAAACAACACGGAAUCGUUUUAGAAAAGGACAACAGUUCAUUGGGCUAUAGUUUGAGAAAUUUUCACGAAGAGCUCAUGCGCAAGCAAGGCCGUCUUCAGGACCCAUUGGAGUACCAGAUUGACUCCGUCAUUCAGACCACAACAGAAACAUUCACCCAAGAAGAAGGCUAUACCCGCGAAGAGAUCGCCAAACUCCUUGAUAUUACAGUACCCGAGCUCGAAUCCCGAUUCCUUUCCUCCUUCCCCGUCGAAGCAGAACGAUUCAAGCUUCGUCAGCGUGCCCUGCACUGCUUCAAGGAGGCACGCCGUGUAUUAGAUUUCAAGGCUUGUCUGUCUCAAGCCGAUAAGCUAGACACCAAACGCAUUCAUUAUCUCGGUCAGUUGUUAAACGAGACCCAGGACUCGUGCCGGGAUGAUUACGAAUGCAGUUGCCCCGAAGUCGAUCAGAUUUGUGAGAUUGCUCGUCGCGCUGGUACUUGGGGGAGCAGACUCACUGGCGCCGGGUGGGGUGGCUGCACGGUGCAUAUGCUACCCAAGUCCAAGGUUGAUGCUGUUAGCAAGGCAUUGCACGAGGAGUACUAUUCCAAGCUCUCUGGUGUUACUCAGGAGCAGUUGGCCCAAGCUAUUGUUAUCAGCAAGCCAUCUAACGGAGCUUUCGUGGUUCAUGGUGCUGCUUUGGAAGCUUGA